CCAUCCCAAUAUGCAAUCCACAAGCUCAAGUCCUUUGAGUACAUCAAAUUGUGGUAUUUCAGCCUUGACAAAUGCAGAGAGGUGGCUGAUGAAGCCAAGUCAUCAGCAGACAGUACCUUUGGCUGCACAAAGGUUGACAAUUUUGUAGCCUUGUUCAGGCCAUCCCACAAGGUUAUCCAAGACCAUGGUCUUGAAUGGUAUCAGUUCAACAUGGCAAAGAACAGCUUCCUAGUGUACAUUAACAAGCUUAACUGGCCAGAGAAGUACCAGCAUGCCCUCACCAUGUUCUUUAUGAACAUCGUGUCUAACCCACAAUGGGCCAAACCAUUUGGUGAACACACCCUGCUCCUCUAUGCUGCCCACAUUUGA